AUGGCUAUCGGAGGACGGUUGAUGCAGGGGGUUGUUAUCUAUGUGUUGCUGAUAAGUCUAGCAGAUGGAGAAAUACACCGGGCAAAGACAUCUCAUAAAAGCGGGGGACGAGGUAGUCGAGACAUAGACGUGGCAAAAGAGAACCUAGCAGACGAUAUGUUCGGUUUUCAAGAGUUGAAUACUUGGAUUUUUGCGAUUUUAGCUUCUAUACUUGUUGGACUAAGUGGUAUUUUCCCACUUCUUAUCAUCCCCAUCGAAGCUGGCCCGGCAUUAAAACAUGGUGCUGCUGCCAAUAAGUUGAAGUUGUUGCUGAGUUUUGCUGUUGGUGGUCUGUUGGGGGAUGUGUUUCUCCAUCUGUUACCUGAGGCUUGGGAACAUUUAAACAAAGGGCAACACAAUCAUGAUGGUCAUAUGAAGGUGGGCCUCUGGGUCCUGGGAGGUAUUAUCUCAUUUCUUCUCAUUGAGAAAAUAUUUGCAAAGGAAGGAGAAUUUGAUCAUAUAGGAGAUGAAUGUGAGGUUGAAACAAAUUCAACAUUGCAGAAGUCAGAAAAUAUACAGCCAAGGGGAAACAAUUGUCAAAUUUCAGACAACAAUAAAAAAACAGAAAUCUCUGAGAAACCUUGUAAUAAAGCAUCAGAGACAAUAAAAAUCAGCGGAUAUUUAAAUUUACUAGCUAAUGUGAUAGACAAUUUCACACAUGGUCUGGCUAUUGGGGGAAGUUUCGUUGUCAGUAAUAAGGUUGGUGCCAUUACUACAUUUGCCAUACUUUUACACGAAGUUCCGCAUGAAAUAGGAGACUUUGCUAUAUUACUUCGCUCUGGAUUUGAUCGAUGGAAAGCUGCCAAAGCACAGAUCCUGACAGCGUCUGGUGUACUAGUAGGAAGUCUAACCGCCCUGACAGCAGAAUCAGCCCAGGAAGCAGGUGAGCGUACUGCCUGGAUUUUACCAUUCACAUCUGGGGGCUUUAUAUACAUAGCACUGGUAACAGUGGUACCAGAUCUGCUGGAGGAAAAACACGGCAGAGAAUCUGUGAAGCAGGUUAUAUGUUUGUGUGCUGGGAUUUGUUCUAUGGCCCUUGUGUCCCUAAUCCAUUGAUUAAAUCCAGGGAAGAUGCUACCAUUGACUUAAAGCCAAAGUCAAAAUCAAGGACUUCAACAGCUAGCUGAAGGUCAAAUCAUUAUGUCCCACCUGUAGUGAAAUAUGUGGUAUCAGAUCAGUGAGGUGACAAAUUGUUUCACUUGUGGCCAGCACCGUCCAAUGAUGGUUUAAUCUGUCAAUUUGAGGCGAUCUUAUCAUAAAUCAUCAUUAAACAUGGUCAACAUUAAUUUGUGAUAUUUUUCCUUGAACAUUUAUCUACUCUCAUCGAUAAAAGGUCCAGAUUGUCAAGUGACAUCAACACUGAAAGAUGAAAGAUAUUUAUGAGCAUCAAUAUAAGGUCAAGGUCCUCCAGUGAUGUCAACAAGGAAUGUCAAGGUCAUCUGUUAGCAUCAAUCAUAGGUCAAAAUCAUCUGGCUUUAUUCAUCAACAAGCAUCACGGGUAGUCAGAUUUAUUGCAUUUGUGCCAUAGUAAUGCCAGCAAGAUUAGAUUAGUUGGUCACUGCUGUAUUGAUGUUAAG